UUAUAAUAUGAAGCACGUGAAAGAAUUGUACAUAAAAUCAAAUCACAUAAAAAGACAAAUCAAAAAGAAGCAAAACUUUUUAGGAAAUGUUCUAUGCAUGAUCUGUUUCUUACUGCGUACGGGAGUAAGGGAGUUUUAUGUAUGUUCGUAUAAACUCAAGCAGAAGAUUGUAUUAAUUUACUACGAAAAAUGCUAAGGUAUUAAUAAACUAUUUUUCUUUUUUUACUAAAAAGCAUAGUUGUUGUUUUAUGGAGAAACUGUGUGUCUAUUAAAACAGUGAAGGUUUAAAACCAUUGGAAAAACGUCCGUAACUCACAUAUUGUUUCCGUGCUGUGUAAUAGGGUCAAGUGAAAGAAAGUAAUUCUUGUGAAAAUGAAGUACUUUAAUCUUGUAAUAAUCUUCUAUAGCACAAGUAUUUUUUUUUUGGCUUAAUGCAUAGUAGAAGAUUUAAUUAAACCACUGUAAUGAUUAACCUUUUAGUUUAUAUAUGUGAAAGGUUAUAUGGGAUAGCAAAGCUUUCCUGAAUUUCAAAUUUUCAUUUUUUUCUUUCGUAAUAAAAUAGAAAAGAUCUUAAUCAUGGGAUGCCACAGCUCUAAAUAUAAUUUAACGACUACACAUGAUCAUUCUUUGCGUGAUGCAUUUCAUUGCACAAAGAAUACGGAUGUGGAUUUAGUGUCUAUUGAUCCUGACUUAGGCUGGAGACAGAUUCAAUCAAAUCUUAUGUUUGUGCAACAAUGUCCUCCUUCCAUUUCAUCAUCAGAUCUAUCUAACGAUUGGUACGAUAAAUACGGAAAUAAAGACACAGCUUUAUUAAAAACUCAAGAAUUGUAUCCGGUUGGAUGGAGAGUUAAUUUUAUGAAUGAUAGAUCAGGAAACUAUUGUGAAACGCUUCUUGUAACAUUAAGUCUUAAUAUCGCGAUUCGUGCAGAGGAGCUUGCACAACAUUUUGGUGUUCUUUAUAAUGGCAUCAGUUCAGAAACGUUUCAAUCGAAUACCUCGUUAAUGAAUUUUAAAUCUGAUUUAUCGAAAAGAAAGAUUUACGAAGUCCUAAAUAUACCCGAUUUUGAAUGGAUUCUUUUAUGUCGGCGUGACAAUCUAGCAGCUCAUCUUAAAAAAUCAUCAGCUUAUCAUAAAAAUCACCCUUUUUUUAAAAAAAAACUAUUCUUUCGAGAUUCGGGUGAUGCCAUGUCAUCUUCUACAUGUUUUCAAUUACUACAAAAUAAAACAGAUUGUGACACUUUUAAACAAGUUAUAGCCGAUGUGCCUACAAUUGGUAUGAAUAUAGCAGAACAACUUUACCGAUUAGAACGAAAACGCAACAGCCGUCACUUUUUGCCUACUAAUACGUUUGGAUGGAAAUUCCUUCCUCAAUACAAAGCCGAAGCAUCAAAUUUUGACGUUUCAGUCAUAACUCCGAAUGGUGACAUUAUACAAUUUGUACCGGAAGAAUUGAUAAUGAAUAUCACGCAAUGGGUUCAGCAGACGUAUUUAACUUCUGUUUUACUAUAACUAAUUUUUUUUUAAUCAUUUUGGUUGACGAUU